UUUCCCCGCCCAAAAAAAUAUCCACAUUACACCUUAGCACGUAUAUGUUCUUUAUUUCUUACAUGUCUCCCACAAACAGCCCUUUCGUCUACCUGUCUUGUUAAUAUUCUUUUGUGUGUUUUUCUUGUUUUAUACAAAUUGGUUUUCUUUCUUCUUGAUUUAUUUUUGUUGUAUUGUCACCCACUACCUACCCCCGAUAACCACCGCCACCAGCACCAUCAUCGCCACCUUAAUAUACGGCGGUUUGCGGGGGCGUUGGUUUGAGCAAUGGGGGGAGACCAUCAUAGGCCGACAAGGGCUCUUUAUGUCUCCUCCCUUUUGUUUUGUGUAGUUUUGUUGAACCUUAAAAGAAGCAUAGUUUUGGCCAAUAACGAGGGUGCGGAUUCUCCUGCAGUUUCGCCGGCUCCAUCUUCUUCGCCGACUUCAUUUAAGCCUUCGGAUAGUUAUCUUCUAAACUGUGGUUCUAAAAGCGAAAUGAAGAUGGAGGAUGGACGAACAUUCAAGUCGGAUACUGAAACAAGCAGCUAUUUAUCCACCAGCGAAGAUGUUCAAGCGUCGGUUGCUUCCAUCCCCGAAAGUGCCUUCUCCAAUUCCACCCCUUCCACCCUGAAGGAUCUUUAUACAAGUGCAAGGAUCUUCUCUUCGGAUUCAACCUAUUCCUUCUUCAUUUCCAAGCCUGGCAAGCAUUGGAUUCGUCUCUAUUUUUACCCACUUCCUCACCAAAAAUAUGAUCUGAAAACCGCGGUUUUCACAGUUCAAACAGAUAAGUUCGUCCUUUUACAUGAUUUCUCUGUGGAUGACGAUUCCAAGGUGGUUUUCAAGGAAUACCUGGUUAAUGCGACUCAACCUUUCUCCCUCAUUUUCAAGCCCCAAAAGGAUUCUUGCGCUUUCGUCAAUGCAAUUGAGAUUGCGGAGAUCCCUGAUGAACUCCUCUCUGAUUCUGCAUCUUCAGUACCCCAAGGUAACACCCUCAAUGGCUUAUCCAAUUAUGCCUUGGAAGUCUCCUAUCGGUUGAAUAUGGGAGGGCCGACCAUAACUCCACGCAACGAUACACUGUCCAGAACAUGGGCUCCUGAUACACCCUACAAUUUGUUUCCCGAGGGAACUGAGGCAGCCAAAGGUACCACCGUCAAAUACCGACCCGACCAUGGGAUGACUCGAUUGGUCGCUCCCGAUAUGGUUUACUUAACCGCGGAUCGGAUGGCGAGCAAGGCUUAUCAACAAACUAUAGCGCCCAAUUUCAAUCUCUCUUGGGCGAUGAAUGUGGAUGGAACCUUUUCGUAUCUCAUCAGGAUGCACUUUUGCGACGUUGUAAGCAAGACCCGCAAUGAGUUAUACUUCAAUGUGUACAUAAACAGCUUGAUGGCGCUAUCGAAUCUGGAUCUCAGUGAAAAAGCUGGCGAGUUGAACACUGCCUAUUACACAGAUUUUGUGCUCAAUGCUUCAUUGGUAACCAAUGAUUCAAUCACGGUUCAAGUUGGUCCAACAACCAACGCCGGCUUGCCUAAUGCAAUCCUCAAUGGCUUGGAAGUGAUGAAGAUGAGCAACCUAGCUGAUAGCUUGGAUGGGUUAUAUGCUGUUGAUGGUUCAUAUAAAGGGCCUGGUGCAAGCAAACUCAAAAUUGUGGCGAUUUCAGGGCUGGCAUUGGCUUUCGUUGCAAUGUUGUUCCUUGGGGUUGUUUGUGUCCGAUGGAAAAAACGACCCCAGGAUUGGCAAAAAAAGAAAAGCUUCUCAUCUUGGCUAUUACCAAUCCAUGGCAGCAAAUCUAAUUUCAGCUCCCGGAAAUCAAGCCUCUUUGGGUCAAGAAAAAGCAAGAGUGGGUAUUCUAGUGUUUAUUCUAAUGGCCUUGGACGCUUCUUCAAUUUAAGCGAGCUACAAAAUGCGACCCAAAAUUUUGACGAAAAGACAGUCAUCGGUGUUGGUGGCUUCGGCAAGGUGUUUAUCGGGACAUUAGACGAUGGCACCAAGGUUGCAAUUAAACGAGGGAACCAUGGAUCCGAACAAGGCGUUAACGAAUUCGAAACCGAAAUCCAAAUGCUUUCCAAGCUCCGCCAUCGUCAUCUCGUCUCACUCAUAGGGUUUUGCGAUGAGGAUUCGGAGAUGAUCUUGGUUUAUGAAUAUAUGGCUAAUGGUCCAUUUCGGGACCAUCUUUAUGGCUCUGCCAAUAAACCCACAUUGACAUGGCAACAACGCCUUGAAAUCUGCAUCGGUGCGGCUCGAGGGUUGCAUUAUCUCCACACCGGUGCGGCACAAGGAAUCAUACACCGUGACGUCAAGACCACCAACAUUCUCCUCGACGAGAACUUCGUGGCCAAAGUGUCCGAUUUCGGGCUAUCAAAAGCUGCUGCAAUGGACCAAGGCCAUGUUAGCACGGCAGUGAAAGGUAGUUUCGGGUAUCUGGACCCAGAAUACUUCAGGAGACAACAACUGACAGAGAAAUCAGAUGUUUACUCGUUCGGUGUGGUUCUUUUCGAGGUAUUAUGUGCGAGGGCAGUGAUUUGCCCUGGAUUGCCGAGGGAUCAAGUUAGCUUAGCCGACUGGGCAAUGCAGUGGCAUAAAAAAGGUAUGAUAGAGAAAAUAGUUGACCCCAAAAUUGCAGGGACGAUAUGCGAAGGAUCACUGAAGAAAUUUGCAGAAGCGGCAGAGAAAUGUUUGGCAGAAUACGGAGUUGACAGACCGAGCAUGGGGGAUGUGUUAUGGAACUUGGAAUAUUCUUUGCAACUUCAAGUGGCUUCUUCCAAGACUGAUCGACCGGAAGAUAAGAGUAACAUUAUGGUGUUGGAAAAAGGAAGUGAAAGUGGUGAGGCCAAAAGCAACCCAGCCGUGGCGGUGGCGGCCGAAAGUGAUGAUUCUAAUGUAACAGUAGGUUCUCAGGUACCAUUUCCUGAUGCAGCAAGUAUCUCUGGAAGGUAAUAGAGAAGAAACAACUGAGAGUUGAAUCAAGUGUGGAGAAUUUGAAACCCCAUUUCAGAUUUUAGCAUAUAGAAGUUGUUUUUCUAGCUUUCUUUUUAUCUCCAAAUUUCACACUAUGAUUUGUGUUUGUAGAAUCUCUUUGUGCAGAUCUCAACAUAUUUUUCUUUCUCUUUUACUCUUUGAUUGGUAACUACAUAGAAAACCUUCUUCUGACCAUUCACUUCAAUAAUGGUUGUAUAGGUACAGUGCUUUCUGGGGCUUCUUGUUUUUCCUUUUCCCAAUUUUAUAGUUGUGUUUCAAGUGUUUAAUAAUUAUGACAACUUUUUAUUUCUUUGUC